AUGUAAUUUGAAAAUUAAGGCAGCGAAAAAAAAUUGAAAACUAAUAAUAGUUUAAAUGUUAGCUAGAAAAGCCUUUCAUCUAAAAAUUUAUAAAAUAAUUUAGGAUUCUAUAAUAUUGAGAAUCAAAAUUAGAAAUUGAUUGUAAAUUAAACUUUUAAAAUAGGGAUCCUACUUGAUUAAUUCAAAAGGAUAAGAAGUUAUAAUGCCAUAAUUUAAAAAGCUAGAGGAAUUUGAAGAUUUAAGACCUAAAGCUAUUAAGAAAAUAUUAUAAGAUCCUUUUGAAUUGAGAAUGGUUUUAUUAAAAAAUGAAUUAGAAGAUGAUUAUCCUUAAGAAUAAACAAAUUCAAUAAUUCAUAAACAUUCUAAUAUAAGUGAAUCAACAUUUAUGCAUUAACUAUUAAUUUAAGAAUAAUUAAAAGAAGUCACUUGCUAAUUUUAAAAUGAUUAUUUUGUUCAAUUUUUAGAGAAACCAAAAAAAGAUGAUUAUAAAAAAAGAGCUGAAAUUUUAGCUAAAGUUUACAUGAAAAAUAAUUUAUAACAAGAAAGACACAAAGUAGAAGAGGAAUUGAAAAUUGUAUAAGUAUAAUUUUAGCUGUAUAUAAGUAAUUUACAGAAGAAAAUGAUGAACAAGAUCGUUCAAUGAAUCUAAUUAUACAUAAAAAUCUCACUGGAUUUUAUUAGAGGUAGGAGAGCAUUGAGUAAGAUAAUAAUGAAUAAACUUAAGAAAUUAUUUAAAGAAUUGAUUAGUUAUAUUUUUAAUUAUGUUAAUCAAUUGAAUAAAAGAUAUAUGAGUUAUAUUAAAAUGAUUAAAUUGAUUAAUGUAUAAUAUGGAAAGAAAGAAAAGAUAAUUUAGAAACUGACAUUUAAAAUGUUAAAGAUAAUGGAUAAUUGUUGUAAAUUAUUGAAUUAUUUAAACUUCAUUAUCAGCUAUGA